AUGAGAGAAAGAAAAUUUAGAAUGAAAUCAAAUAGAAUGGGAUAGAAAUAAAUAAAUAAUGAGAGGAUUUAAGCAAGUAAUAGUAGAAAAUAGUUAAAUUGCACUAAUAUAAGGAAAAUCAUCAUUAAAUGAAAUAUUAGUUUAAAGAAUUUAGAUAGAUUUAUAGAAAUAAUAAAGUAAGACAAUGAAAACUUGAAAUUGAAAUUGAAGAGAUAAUAUGAAAAGGAAUAAAGUGAGAUAAAGAUGAAAUUUGAAAUUGAUAGAGUUUAAUUUUUAUUUAAAUUUUAAGUUAGAUAAGAUUUAAUUUCAGUAAGAAAUUAAGAGGUUGAAAAGUUAAAUGAAUUAUAUAAAUGUAAGUAAAUUUCUUGA